GUUAGUGCUCAGUGACAACUGGAUUCAGUUAGUGAAGUUAUCCGUAUUCCGUCAUUUGUUUAUAUUCAAUUCAUUCAUUAAUUUAUUGUUCAAAUUAUACGCAAUUCAAUUCAUUAAGUAGGAUACAUUCGUUAGAUACCGCAGUUUGUUUCAUAAUAUUAUAUCGUUGGCGGUUGAAUCAUGACUGAAAAAUGGAGUGCAGAUGAUACGUUAAAAAUAAUUCGGGAGUUUCGCGCCAAAGAAUGCCUAUGGAACCGGAAACUGUCGUCAUUCAAAGACAAAGUUGAAAAGGAACAGGCAUUCCAAAAAAUCGCCGAAAACAUGAACAUUGUUGGCUUCGGAGCGGACGAUGCUAAAAGGAAAAUGAGAACGCUUCGAUCCACCUAUCAUCAGGAGAAGAAAAAAAUACAGUUAUCGUUACUGUCCGGCGAUUCUCCAUAUUAUGUGACGAAUUUAGGGUGGUACAGCGAGAUGGAGGAUUUAUUGAGCUGCGUACAUGAGAGCCAAUCUCUGUCGGUGGAAAAUGCUUCCCAUCCAUCAGUGAAAGCAGACUUCAACAUGCCUGAACUAUUAUUCGUAGACGAUGACAUUGAAAUCGAGUGUCCGAUUGACCCCCUCGCAAGCGGACCUUCGAAAAGAAAACUGAGAAUAACUUCUUCGUUUUCCGACACACCAUCACCACCAGAAAAAAGGAAAAUCACAGCUGAGGACAACGAACGUUUACUAACAAAUCUGGUUGAACAAUUGCAAACAAUCUCUAACAAUUGCAAUGUGCAAGUGGACAAAGGUGAUUGCUAUGAUAAUUUCGGCAAGUAUGUUUCAUCGAUGUUACGUAGCAUUGGACCUCCGACUGCAAUGAGGCUCCAGGAGAAGAUUACUUCCCUCCUCACUAAUGCUAUGUGCCCACACAAUAAUACUCGUGAACAAUCUACUUCAAGUGACUUUUACCAAUAGAAUAGUAUUAUAUCGUUUAUUUAUAUUAUAAGUAGUAAUAUUUGCCCUGAUACUCUGGAGAGAUGUGUUACUCGACUGACUAUUAGAUUGAAUGUACCGUUGAAUGAACAAAAGUAUAAUUCUUAUUACUGAUUGUAUAAAACAUAUUUGAUUUACUGAGUUUUACUUGUACAGUAUAUUCAUUACCAUAGAAGACACCCAUACCUGACGGGUUCUUCAAAUGAGUUACAGUAUUUGAAUAAUAAGGCUGAAAUCUAGAAGUUUCCAGUAAAAUGUUAUAUUUUCAAUAAAAAUUUUAAUUAUAAAUAAAUAUGAAUUGGCAUUUUUAAAUAAAAAUUUGAGAAUAAAUUAUACUUGAUCGAAUAAGGAAUGAAAAGUGAAUUGCUUUACUA